AUUUUAUUCACAAAAUCAUCAAAAAAUACACAAUCAUACAUAAAAUCAUGAAUUCUUCUUUGUGGAAUUGUUUGAUUUUGUUGUCAUCAUUUGUAUAUGCUUCUUUUGCUGCAAAUCCAAGGACUCCUAUUGAUGUUCCAUUUGGUCGUAAUUAUGUGCCUACUUGGGCUUAUGAUCAUAUCAAAUACUUAAAUGGUGGUUCUGAGAUUCUGCUUAAUCUUGAUAAAUCCACUGGUACUGGCUUUCAAUCCAAAGGGUCUUAUUUAUUUGGUCACUUUAGUAUGUACAUAAGAAUGGUAGCUGGUGAUUCAGCUGGAACAGUCACUGCUUUCUAUUUAUCCUCCCAAACUGCAGAACAUGAUGAGAUAGAUUUUGAGUUCUUAGGAAACAGAACAGGUCAACCAUACAUUUUACAAACAAAUGUAUUCACAGGAGGCAAAGGAGAUAGAGAACAAAGAAUUUAUCUUUGGUUUGAUCCUACAAAAGCUUAUCACAGAUAUUCUGUGUUGUGGAACAUGUUCCAAAUUGUUUUCUUUGUGGAUGAUAUUCCAAUAAGGGUGUUCAAGAACAUCAAUCAGUUAGGGGUGAAAUACCCAUUUAGCCAACCAAUGAAAAUAUACAAUAGUUUAUGGAAUGCUGAUGAUUGGGCCACAAGGGGUGGUUUAGAGAAAACAGAUUGGUCCAAAGCACCCUUCAUAGCCUCUUACAAAGGGUUCCAUAUUGAUGGGUGUGAAGCUUCUGUGAAUGCAAAAUUUUGUGACACACAAGGAAAAAGAUGGUGGGAUCAACCUGAAUUUCAUGACCUUGAUGUUGCUCAAUGGCAAAGGCUAAGAUGGGUGCGUCAAAAAUACACAAUUUAUAACUAUUGCAAUGAUCGUAAACGUUACCCUCAAGUUCCUCAGGAGUGUACAAGAGACAGAGAUAUUUAAUUACACUUUCAUAUACUAUACUAUUAUGGAGAAUAUUCAUUCAUUCUUCAUAUGUGUGUUAUAUUGGGAUAAAAUUCAGAUUUUCAUAUAUUGAUUAAUUAAUGGAAACCGUCAACAACACUUUCUCAAACACACUUUUCAACGCAAACUCUUAUGUUGAUUGAAAUACUAAACUACCUCACAUAAAUUUAGUGAGAAAUAUAUGAAUCUCAACCAAUAAAAAAAAUGUGUUGUGAAUAGUGUAUAAGAGAUUAAGUUGCUACCACAAUUCAAAAACAAUACCCAUAAAGUUAUACUAUAAUGUAUACUUUCUUCAUCACACAUUAGUGUGUUGAAGCAACGUGAUUGUUAAUAAUUUAUAUCACUUAUUGUUGUAUGUAAUUGUUUGAUCUAUAUAAUUAAUCAAAGAGUUGUGAAAU